AACAUUGUACGCUUUAGGAUAAAAUGGUUUGUAAUGGCUGUUACAGUCGGAACGAUUUGGAAUGAAACGGGGUGAGUUGGCAACCCUGAUUAAAGCCUGGAACCCUGCAGGUUUGUUCAGAGUUUGCAGCACUGAGGAGAACUUCACAAUGAACUUCAGGAUCCGAGCAGCGCGAGAGGAGGACUGCAGAGACAUCCAGAGAAUGAUCAUGGAGUUGGCAGUGUAUGAGAAGAUGGCUGACCAGGUGAAGAUCUCACAUGAAGAGCUACAGAGAGACGGGUUCGGUCCAAACCCGUUUUAUCAGUGUCUGAUAGCCGAGGUGCCAGAGGAGCUGAAAUCUGAUGAAGGACACACCACAGUUGGCUAUGCACUCUAUUUUUACACCUACAGCACAUGGAAAGGAAGGAGCAUCUACAUGGAGGAUCUGUACGUCAUGCCCGAGUUCAGAGGUAAAGGUGUGGGGAAAGCACUGAUGGCGUCUGUAGCUCGAUCGGAGCAGUGUGUCUAUGAGUGUGCGAGACAGAAGCUGGAGAAUCUGCUGAAUAAGAGCAUGAAGAUCCGUAUGACGGACGGGAGAACGCUGCUCGGCCUUUUCCUCUGCACUGACCGAGACUGUAACGUCAUUCUGGGUUCUGCUCAGGAAUUCCUCAGAACCACCGACUCAUUCUCCCAGGCUGAGCCACGUGUUUUGGGGUUGGCGAUGAUUCCUGGUCAUCAUGUGGUGUCGAUUGAAGUGGAGACGGAGAGUUUACAGAGCCAAGGCCUCUGAGCAGGGCAUCAUGGGAAAUGGAGUUUUACUGUCAGUAUGCAGAGUCAAGCGUGUGUGAGGACACGGGACAGCAUGGACAUUAACGAGAGACAUGGAGCUCAUAUUCACACCCAACCCUGUGUGUGUGUGUGUGUGUGUGUGUGUGCGCGCGUGUGUGUGUGUGGCUGUGUUAUUAAAUGUAAAUGUGUGUGUGUGUGUGUGUGUGUGUGUGUGUGUAACAGUGAGAGAUAUGCUGAUAAUGCUGGUAACUGCGAUGGUUUGGCGCGUCGCUUCGGCACAUUCGGGAAUUGACGUGAGGCGGCCGCGUGGCGUAAACCGGCGUAAACAGUGGAGUACAGCAGCAUGUGGCACUGUGUCCUGAAUAAACAAACUAGCCUUGUGUCUCGA